GACACUCUGCCUCCAUUGCCAAUAAGGACUGAAGGUUUCCUAUACGCAGCAUUAAAAACGCUUUGUUUUGGUGCUGGGCUGUAUUGAGGCUCUUUGUAUGCAGGUUGUAUCCUGAUCUGGUGCCCUUGUGCUGAUACUUUCCCUUGGUGUGAGGUUCCCAUGUCACUGGUUCCUAUGCAUUAGGUCCUGGGAUGGGAGGGGAGAAAAGAUGGAGUGUAUCUACUGUUUGUAAGCACAACAAGGAGCAUUGCCAUAUUGAAAAGCAUUGCCCAAACAUAUCUAAACCUACAACACAGAUACAGCCCCGAAGGAUAAUAAGGAACGCUCCAGCAAACAGCCCUGCUGACGAAAUGCUGCUUGUCAAGGAAGAGGCGGCCGUGUUGGAGAGGAAGGAGGAAAACUACAGCUCCCAGCAUCCUGCCUGGGCGCCUGAGGAAGGGCAGGGUUCACCUUUGCACCCACAGCAGAGGAUUCAGAGUGUAUUGAGGGAAAGGACUCUCCAUCCAGCCCCAGGGCAAGGCUGAGCCCCAGGGCCAUUGCUGGCUGCCUCGCUGCUUCUAGUUGGAUCCCUGACCAGCCCCAGCCCUGCCUGGUCUACCAGCAUUCGGCUGCAGUUCCUGAGGCCAAGGCGGGAUGGUGGCCCUGCCAGGGGUAGGACUUGGUCAGCUGCCCCACCAGGGGGGAGACAAGUCCCUGUACAAGCAAAGGAGAAAGUGAAGCAAAACAGUGCUUGGAUCCAGGGGAGAAAAGAAAUGGAAGAGAAUUCAAGUGCGGGUCUGCCCGGAGCUGGGCCAGCCCAAGAGAAGGUGGAGGGCACAGCUGAGCAUUCUGUGCACCAAGAGCCUCCCCAGGAAUCUCCUGAGCACCGAGUGACAAGCACGUGGCCUGAGACCUCCUGCAAACCAGAGGACUCCCCAGUGUGUAAGCCACCAGCUGCUGAUGGGGGAGAGGAGUCUCCGACAGAGUUAGACAGCCCCACAGUGCAGCCUCCUCAGGAGACUCAAGUUCCUCAGGAAACUGAAGUAUCACUGGAAGAAUCUGGGGAGACAAAAGAUGACGCGUUGGAAAGAUCUCAGGAAGAAAAUGACUUGGACAGAGCCAGGCUGGUGCAAAAUGAAAUGGACUGUGCACGGCACAGCCAUGGCCUCCAGGAAGCACAGGAAGACCAGGAGACAAACAAGCAAUGUGAAAGCUCCAACACAGCAGAGGAAGAUGCUUUAUCAGGAAGCAAAUCAUUGAGCUCUGACAGUAAAAUGACACGUUCAGAUCUGAAUGCUCCAGAAGAUGUCACCAAGGGCCUCUUGGCACAGGAAAGCAUCAGUGCUCCUCUCCUAGACCAGGAGGGAGGGGAGUAUGCAGAGCAAGUGACACUGGAGAGCGAUUCCUCAGGCACGUUAAGGAGCAGAUAUGGGACUAAAGGACACGCAGUCCCACAGCCAGAGGCUCAGCGCUGCUUGCAGAACAUCACUGCUCAGAACACAGGACAGGAGAAACAUAAAGAGUCUCUCUUAGUGAAAGGUGAGGAAAAGAAGCUUCCCUUGUGCAUUACUCAUCGACCAGAAGGCCCCGAUCCUCCAGGAACAACAGGACUUGUCGUGCUGGGCCUCAUGUUUCUUGCCUUCUGCAUAUUCUGCUUUGGCAACCCAACCGCCAAGUCCCAGCCAGCCCUCAGGAACCCCACGGUGGAGGCCUUCCUGUCCCAGUUCAACCAGCUGCAGGGCAAGUUUCCAGGGCAGAAUCCUGACUUGUGGCUUCGCAGUCGCAAGUUCCUGCAGAAGCACCUCAAUGCAUCCCAGCACACGCAGCCGGCCAUCAUCAUCUUCACAGCUGCCCGCAAAGGUGAGCAGACCUUGCGAUGCCUUAGCACCCGUGUAGCUGAUGCCUAUUCGGCUGCUUUGCGUGCCAGCAUGGUGCAGAUUGAUGGCAAGGAUAAAUCUGGGCUCCACAGUGACCAGGCCAAGCUGGAGGUGGACACAGAGCUCAGCUCAGCUUUCCAGGCUGGGGAUCGUGCUGCGGUGAUACACCGCUUCGAGCUGCUGCCAGCGGGUGCCACCCUCAUCUUCUACAAGUACUGUGACCAUGAGAGUGCUGCUUUUAAGGAUGUGGCCCUGCUGCUGACCGUGCUGCUGGAGGAGGAGAUGCUGGAGACCCACAUCAGACUCCCACAGGUGGAAGAGAAGGUUCAUGACUUCCUCUGGGCCAAGUUCACCAAUGCCAGGACUCCCAGCUCCUAUGACCACAUGGACUCUGACAAACUGAGCGGGCUGUGGAGCCGCAUCUCCCACCUGGUCCUACCCAUCCACCCAGUGCAGAACAUUGAGAAGGGGGGAUGCUACACCAAACCCUAGAACCACAGGCUGCCAGAGCCCCAGGAAGGGUUGGAAAGCCAGCAUUGGAGCAGGUGGAGACACUAAUGAGGAACUCACUUUGUUUAACACCAGUGCUGUUUCUCUACAGGCUUUUUUUCCCUAUACCUUCCUGGAAGAGUUCAACAGGUACAAACUGAUUGAGGCCCCUUGGCCAACUGAAGGGAAUAGUGGACUGUAUGCUUCCUCCUGACAGGUGGGAAGAGCUGAUAUUUUAAACUGCUAAUUGCACAGGAGCACAUUAUGACGAGGGGAGGCAGGAGGGAAAAGCUGUAUGUUGCAGGAAGUAGAACAAAGCAAGGUAAAACCCACUAAACCCAUUUGGAAGUCAUGCUACAAUGAGAAAAUAGGUUUGCUACUCAAGAGUUUGACCAGCCAGCCCUGAUCCAGCUCCACUGACUGAUUUACAUCCAAAGACCAGAUCCUAAUUGUGGAAUGUGCAAACAAAUCUGCAAUCCAGAAAUUCCUCACACGCCAACGACAAAGAAUGUUAAGCUACCAGCCCUUAAACACUACACAGCACUGGGAUGGAUCCCACCAAGCAGCCAUUCUGAAAGCAGAGAGCAAGGAAACACAAACCACUUUGUUGUCACUCUGGUGGUGUGAAGCCCCAAAGCAAAGGAAUGAAUAAUGUGGUUUUACUUUAUGCUACCUUUCAAAAGGUUCACUCUCAGUCCAUUUACCACCAUGAGGCUACAAGAAUCUCUGAGCUGAUGCAUCAGCUUUGGUCCUACCUGAUUCCUCUUCACCCAGAUCUGGUAGAAGCCAUCAGAAAUGUUCCUACAUCAUUUACCUGCACAGAGGGGAGCCCUCAGAGUCAGGACAUGAACAAGCUGAUGAAACACCUCCAUGGGCCAUUCCAUGGCUUUUCCCCUUCAUGGAGAUUGAGAGCAUUUGCAGCCCAGCAGUUUCCCACCUUGCUUUCCCUUGUUCUGCCUGCCUCUCCCAGCCAACGUGUAUUGAUGAAUGUAGAUGAUAACACUGAUACUUUUAUUACAAGCCAUAUGAGGCAUCACACCAGGUCUUUGCCCACCAAAGGUACAUUUACCUUCCUGCUAAUAUUAGAGCAACAAGGAGCAGAGCUGAUACGUGGUAAAGAACAAAGCCUCUGGCAUUAACACCCCAAAUCCUUAUCUAAGAAGGAUGGAUUCUUACCAUGCAUCCUCUUCUGCACCACAGGAAGAGAAAUCCAGGUCCUGUACAGCCUACGGUGCUCCAGCACACAGAAUAGCUGCUAGCUCAGGGAACACCUGGGGUCAGGCACAGGUUGAAGUAUAAUAAGCCAGCAGCCAGCCCCAGGUGUCAGCCCUUUGUGCCUACAAUCACACCUGCUGGAGAUGGAGCAGCUGGAGCAAAGCAUGUCUUGUUUCUAUAUGGACAGCAGAGACUGAAGCCUUGCAGAGGCAGAGACUACACCUGAGCAAGAUACAAAUCAAGAACAAUGUGCUGUUUCUACAAGCAGCCCACCCAAGGGCUCCAGACCCCUGAUCUGGCCUAUGGUGCCUUGCUGAUCUGCUCCACUGAUGGCUCAGCCAUUCACACAGUGCCUGAAAUCACCUCCUGACUCUUCUGUCCUCCCACCUCGUGCCUUGCCUCUCCUGGGAGAUCUGCAGCACAGACUUGGAGGAAGGGACAAAGAGAAGGAAGAGGAGAGGGCUGCAAUUCAAACCAAUGAGCAGACAGCACUUUACCCACUGCCCCAGACUUACUGACAUUUAUCCCCCAUGGCUGAUAGGGAGCUAAGUUACCCUUGCAAUGUUAGCCAAGGAUUAGACGUGAAGCAUCCUGUUGCAGAGGUUUUACCCAUGCCAAACACAGCUAGACAUGAUACAGCUCAGCAUCAGCCGAGCAGCUCCAGGUGUGCUUUUAUACAAGAUAUGGGCAAGAUGCUGGUUGCUUCCUCCUUCUUAUUGUUGUACACUACUUUGGUAACAAAAAACACUGUUUCUGCUCUUCAUGGUUAAGCACUGGCGCUGAUGUAUGAACUGGCAAAGCACUAAUUGUGUCCAUAUUUUAAGAGAAAUCAGUAUUUUCAAGUUAUCUCGCUACCAGUUUGCUAUACCAUGUGCAUAAUGCAUAGUCAGGGUAUGCAAUGGCAACUUCAUGCUGCUUGGGUACCUUGCUGUAAGCAUCAUCCAGCAAAGCUGUUCUAAUACAGGUAUGUUUUUAUGGCCUUUUAAAGACAAAAAUAAUCCCCCAACCCUGCUUGCUUCUGAAACAAGACUUCUAUUUAAAAAUAAAUGAGAUUGUGAAAGAGA